AUGGCUUCUCCAGCGGGCGGCAGUAGGGUACUAAUCGGGGACACCGAAAUUGACUUCGACACCCUCAAUAAGCUUGAAUGGGGAGAAGACACUGAUCACCUCUUUAACCAGCCCGGCCUCAAAUGGGAUCAACAGGAUCAUCGUGGAGAGAGAGCCCGCCGUCUGUUGGCAAAGUUUUUGGAACAAAAACUGAUCUACAGAAUAGAGACCCUGAUCGAUCAUUCACAAAAAAUCUCAUAUGAUGGCAGGGACUGUUUGGCAUCAGUACACGACGUCUACGAGUGGCAAUUCACGCGCGACUAUCCCGGCUUUCCUCAGGAUGCUAUGUACGACUGGUCGUUGAAGCAGAUUCGGGAAUGUAACAACGCGCUGGAGAACGGCGAUUUAUCCCUUGUUGAUGCCAGGCCCUCUAAGUUAUGGGGUGAACGGGAACGGGAGGAUCGGAAGAGGCUCGUGGACAUCGCAGAAGCAGCUUUCACCCAGUAUAUUGCGGGGGAAACAGGCAGCUCUAAGUUCCAUUUCAAAGAUGUCCUCAUGGGAAAUAUCGGAAACCAAGCUUUUGGUCUUCCCGGCUGGAGAUGGAUCUUUCCAGAUCUCGGACUGCUCACCAGUUUUCCUCCUCAGAAGAACAGUUUUGGGGCUUGGUCGAACGACGAAAUACUGCAUGCUCUUCAAGCCCUUCUCACGAAGAGCCUCAAGCUGGAGCGUAUCCACUCGAAAUCAGAUCCCGCUGCGGAAGCUCAAACCUUGCAAGAAUCUCAACGCCUGCAACAAGCUCUGCUUGAAGCAACUCGCAAUCGCCCCAUGUUCUCCCUUGAUCCCGAACAUAGGUACCCUCCACGGCCGGAGUUUGGUCACGAUUACGAUGACCCUGUCAGCCCCGAUAGUGAGAUGGCCUAUUUUACCGAACGAACUUCACCACCUCUGUUAAAAGCCCCCGCGACCAAGGCUCUCGUCAAUUCCAGCUCUAUAAAUGCUAAUAUGGCAGUCCCGGAGCCUGCGUCUGGCAUCAUUACAGCCGAAGAGAGCCUGGGACUGAAUGGGACCCCAAAGAUCGCAUCUGCGGCAACAAAUACCCACGGCUUAGAUGACUUGAUUACACUGCUGAGCGAACGAGCUCAGAAGUGGGAAGCCGACCGAGAGCGACUUCAAAAUUAUGAAAAGCGUGAAAAUGACCUCGUUGCUCAGAUCGCAGUCAAGUCAACCAGGGUGGCAGAACUAGAAGCGGCUCUAAAACGUAUAAAAGACCUUGGCGAGCCAUUCAGCAGUCAUAGCGGUAGUGGUAGCGGUACCGACAACUUUUUCGUCCGACCUGCGAACGCGGAGAGUGCUCUGGACGCCAUGGAAACAUUUUACACCGGACAGCUCGCUGAUCUCAAUGCCCAGAACGAGGAACUGAUGGAAGUCAUUGCAGACCAAGAAAUACAGGUCAAGGAAGCUGUCUCUAUCCGCCAGCGCAAUCGGGCUCUGGAGAAGGAACUUGCAGAGAAGACUUUGGAAGCAUCUUCUGCCUUAAAGGCUCUUGCUAGGUUUGCUACUGCCAGCGGAUCUGCAAACUCAAUCCUAAAUGGUCGCGGUCCAAAUGGCACCUCGAAACCCCCAAACACCGGUGGUAAUUAUCCUUCUGGACGCCCUCCUCCCAGUCAGUACCAGCCUUUCCCCGGCCCGCCGGUUGCCAUGCUUCCUGCAUCCAACGCGAAGAUGGAUCCGAGAUGUGACCGUUGCUGUAAAGCCCAGUACACAUGCCAAGGCAAGCCAUGCACUCGUUGUCAAACGGACAAACAAGCUUGCACUUUUAACAUGGAAGAGGCGUCGAGCGUCUUCGUUUCGCCACAACAAAGCGCCAGAGAGUUAGAUAUCAGGGAAACCACUGCACUGACGAAGACAUUUUCAGCCGAUGCGGCCUGGAUUUGGAGAGCGACACCAGACAACACACUCCCAGGUCAAUAUCCGCCAAAGCCCACCGAAUAUGAUUCUCAGUUCGCCUCUUCUCAGAGACAGGAACGGUUGUUCAUGAAUGGCCCAGCCUACAGCCUUGCGCCGAUUCGGAAGACAAUUGAUGGGCUGCCGGGUGGUAGCAGCGGUGAUAUUGCUAGGCAGGGUGGCUACAAGAGCAUUUAUUCUACUGACAAUUAG